CUCAAUGACACUACACAGAAACCCCUUUGGGGUGGUAAUUCGUGUUCAACUUCUGGUCAGGGCAAAACAUUGCUUUGGUUGGCAACCUUACACAUUGCACAUUGCGAAACAUAAUAACAACGAAUUUAAUUCGAAUAAGUUAUUUUUCAUCUUUUUUGGUGUCAAUAUGGUUAAUUCGUGUUGCGCUGUUUGCUGUCAAAACUGCAGGCGGUCGCAAAGAAGUAACUUUUCAUCGCAAGGAGUGAUGAACCUUCCUGUUCAGACAAACAAAAUGAUUGAGCUCCCAAACUACAGCGCCCAGCUGAUGCAGCAACUGUGGGCCCUACAAAAGGAGGGCCACUUUUGUGACUGCACUGUUCUGGUGGGAGAAGACCCUCACCGUGCACAUAAACUGGUGCUGGCUGCUUCCAGCAUGCUUUUCAGGUCACUGCUGGAUCUUUCGGAUACUGUCUCCAUCGAUACCACUUUGGUUUCCUCGCAGGAGUUCAGCUGUCUUCUGGACAUGGUCUAUACAGGCAAGCUACCUUUGGGAAAACAUAAUGUCAGCCGCAUCAUCGCCGCUGCAGACAGCCUGCAGAUGUUUGAUGUAGCUGUGAGCUUUAAAAAUGUCCUCACCAACAUUAUUAACCAGCAGUCCCCAGCCUCCCCCUCCUCUACGAAGGUUCCAAUCCUCACCCCAGCCAACAAACUUCCCAGCCCAGAUCCUGAAGUUUCACUUGCUUCAUCCACUAAAGACAACUCAGCUCAAGGUGGGCUACAUAUGGAGGGUACAUCACGGGAAACAUGCGAAGAUGGAAAUGAUAAUGUAAAGGGACCUCUAUGUAAAAGAGUCUGUCCAGAGUUUUCCGAGUCCUCAGGGUCCAAAGAAAACAAAGCCUCAAAAAGUGGAGUAGAGGAAGCUAAUGCAACAGUCGCAAAGACUACACCUGUUUUUUUGGAGCUUGCUUCUCAGCUGACCGAGCAACUUUGCGGCAUGCCAGAUGUUGUUCAGCUGUUUAGCCAAUCAGCUCACAGCUGUCUGGAUGAGCAGGAGAGACAGUUAGUGUGCAAGUGCUGUGAAGAAGCUGAGCCAAGCACAGUAGUAAGUAAGCUGUUGGGCAAAGUGGAGAAGGGACUUUUCAGUGAGCAAACUCUCCUGACGCUGCUCCGCACUGUCCAACAAAGGGCUCCCUCUUCCUUCCCUGUAUUACUGCUCUCUCAGCUGGAGGAGUUGAAGAAUAUGCAGGAGCCAGAUGGGUACCAGACUGGAGGCGGCUGUGAACAGGAGAACUGCAGCAGAAGUGUAAUAAAGCUGGAGCAAAGCAACAUAGAGGACCCUGAAGUGCAUGAGAGAGAUGCAUACUGUUCGUCUUCAAAGUCUUACUGCUGUCACUGGUGUAAGAAGAGUUUUGCCUACAAGUGCCGUGUUAUGACCCAUAUGAAGCGCUGCCCCAUGUCCAAGGAAGGUCAGCUGCAGUGUCCACAAUGUUCUGUGAAGCUGGCCAACCAGCGGGCAUUACAGCGCCAUUUGGCUGAGUCUCACCCAGGCACUGUAAGAGACAAGAAGAAGAAGAUAGCCUGUGACCUAUGUGGAAGAACCUUUGCACACCCAUCAGGUAUGAUUUACCACAAGCGGACUGAGCAUUUUGAUGAGAAGCCAUACGCCUGUGAGACAUGUGGCGCUAAGUUUCCCGCCACCUCUUCUUUGAAGAAUCACAUGCGGCUGCACACAGGGGAAAAGCCCUACCAUUGCAAACACUGUGACAUGAGCUUUAGUGUGGCAGCCGCACUGGCCUACCACACCAAGAAGAAACACUCAGAGGGCAAGAUGUAUGCAUGUCAGUAUUGCAAGGCUGUCUUCGCCCAAUCAAUCGAGCUCACGCGGCAUGUGAGAACGCACACAGGUGAUCGGCCCUACGUAUGUCGGGAAUGUGGAAAAGGGCACAGCCAGGCCAGCGGGUUGACCGUCCACCUGCAAACCUUCCACAACAUGUCGCAGCCUCUCAACUGUCAAAAGUGUUGCCUCAGCUUCCAGACUUUAGAGGAGCAUCAGAAGCACAUAGAGGAGCUCCACUUAAAGGUGUUCCACAAGUGUCCCACAUGCAGCAAAGUCUUCACCAGCGCUUUGCUGCUCGACAAACACAAGUCCAUACACACUGGUGUCAAGCCCUUUAUCUGCAACUUGUGCAACAAGUCUUACCAGCAACUGUCUGGCCUGUGGUACCAUAACAGGACUAAUCACCCUGAGGUGUUUGCUAACCAGACACGCCAAUUGAAGACCCUGGUCCAAUGUGAGAUCUGCUUCAGAUUCUUCCCCUGUGCCUCCAGCCUGGCCAAACACAGAGAAGCUGAACAUGAAGGUUCUGCAGCAUCCACCGUCCACUGCUCGCAUUGUCAAGUCGUGUUUGGUGGGCCAGAAGAGAUGCAGGAGCACAUGUGCAGCCAGUACACAACAAGCACCAACGAUUUCAUCUGCCCCCUUUGCGCCCUGGUCUGCACCUCUGAAAUGGAGCUGCAGGAGCACCUCCUCUCCUGCCACAUGGGGGCUCAGCAGACACCGAAGGAAGGCGGUGAGCAGGAGGCCUCCAGUUCACAGACUGUGAUCUCACCGCACCAUCCAGAGGGAGAGGCAGUGCAGUCAGCAGCCUCCGAGAAAGAGUCGCAGUUGGCUGUGACCCAGCAAGUGUUUGUGACUGUGGCAGGAGAAGUGCAUGCUGACAUCUGAUUGAUCCUUCCAAACAGUUUCGUGGUAAAUGUUAUUUUGCUCCCUGUAUUUCAAAUACAGAAUUACCUAUUGUGCACUGUAUUGUCUGUGCUUUCAUCCUUGAUGAGGGUGUACCAAGGUGGAAUUUUAACAUUACACACCAUCUCAUCCUACACUAUUUGAUUGAUUGAAUAAAAAAUUCAAGGCAUUUGCUCUGUCAGCUUUUAGGUAUACUUGGGUACUUUGCCAUGUGAUUGUGAAUUUGUUGGACGGUAGAAAUGCAUUCCUGUUGAUGGCUAAAAUAUUGUCAAUGAAAAUUUUAACUUGCUCUGGGUUUGAUUUGUUUACCAGUGUCAGCUCGUUAGUUUUCUCUGUCUUUGGCGAGCUUCCCCAACAAAGAACGAUCCCAAUUACCAUCUUACAUCUGCGUACAAUUGUAACUCUUUUCAAAUGACUGAUGCUAACUGUGACGCUUGAGGUAGUCUAGCUUCCAUUCUGUCCACAGACUUCCUUCUGAAAACUUGCUUUCAACUUUGGCUUUGCAACACAUUUUUUCAGACCAGACGUUUCUCGCUCGAAAAAGAAAUUUUCUCCAGUUUCACCACUUUUUCUUCUAUUUGCACAUACUCUAGACGGUCCUUGAAUCUUAAAAUACCAGCAUUUCUUUUUUAAGUGUCUCCGUUCAUGGAAUGUGCUCUUACCAUUAAACUAUUUCGAAGUCUGGAAAGGUUCAUUGUACUCUGGUCAUGGGGAAGGCUAGAGUCGCACCAACAAAGAUAACAAUACCAAGGCUGGAAGUCUCAGCUGCAGUUGAUAGGAUGUCAGCAUUAGUCUGGAGAUGCGUCAUUAUUUAUUUUAAAAACUGCUUUUCUGUAUGAUUCUUCAAAGUGACUAACUUGAGACUGCUUUUGAAAAUUCCAGGUCAAUGUUACCGUCGAGCAAUUUUUGACCAAUGGCUUAUUAAAAGAAUAAAAUACAGCAUUACAUUCCCAACAGAACACAUUUAUGAAAAACAAUUUUAUGUGCUUUGGCAAACUUCCAAUGAAAAUGUCAAUGUACUUUUAACUAUGCAAAAAAAAGAAAAUUGAAAGCCCGCUUCCAAAUUAUUUUUUUUUUUAAUUCACAAUUUCCCCAUCUGUUUUUCUUGGUAGGAAACUGAAUUAUAGUUUCCACAAUAUCUUUUGUUGUGCAUGUUGACAGCUGAAUGAUGCUUCCAAAGAGUUUUAUGGUGAAUGUUAUUUUGCUCCCUGUAUUGUCUGCACUUUCACCUACGAUGGUGUGCUAAGGUGGAAUUUUAACAUUCCACACAGUCUAAUCCUGAACUGACUAAUUGAAUUACAAAAUUUAACGGCGUGACUUCUGGUGCGUCAACUUUCUGGUAUAGUACUCAGAAACUUUGCCAUGUGAUUAUGUUGUUGAACUGACAGCAGAGAUGCAUUCCUGUUGAUGGCUAGGAGAAUAUUCUCAAUGGGAAUUUUAACCUGCUCUGGGUUUGAUUUGUUUACCAGUGUCAGCUCGUUAAUUUUCUGUCUUUGGCGAUCUCCUCCCACAAAGUACUGAUCCAGAUUCCUAUCUUACGUCUGCGUGCAAUACUGCUUUCAAAUGUGCUGGAUGCGUUGCUUGAGGUAGUCUAGCUUCCAUUCUGUCCACAGGUUUCAUUCCGAAAACUUUCAGAUUUGGCUUCGCAACACAAUUUUCAGACCAGUCCAUUUUCGCUUGAAAGAGAGAAUUUAGUCCAGUUUCACCACUUUUUCUCCAUACACAGAGCACAUACUCUGAAACCACAUACGUGAAACCAUUUGCUCCACCGUGCCUAACCCUAACCCUAAACCUUGCUGGUUAGAGCAUUUACCUCACAGUUCUGAGGACCGAGGUUCAAAUCCCAGCCCUGCCUGUGUGGGAUUUUUCCAGGCAGUCCAGUUUCCUCCCACAUCCAAAACAAAAAACACAAAACACUUAUCAAUUUGAGACUCUAAAUUGCAUGUUGGUGUGAUUGUGACUGUGACUGUUGUCUGUCUCCAGCUGCCUGGGAUUGGCUGGAAACCAGUUCUGGGUGUACCCUGCCUCCUGCCUGAAAAUAGCUGAAAUAGGCUCCAGAACUCCUAUGAUCCUUGUGUGGAUAAGUGGUUCAGAAAAUGGAUGGAAUUUGCUACAGCCUUUUGAUUACAUUGUGACUGCUGCAGUUACUCACCAUGGUGCGAGACGGUCUUGCAAUAAUGAGAUGACUGUUUAAUCACUUACGUCUUUGAAGACUUAACAGUUAAAUGAUUUUAAAUAAUACUUGUCUGAUCUGAAUUAAUUACAUGACAUUUAGGCCUUUUGUAAUGACUUGGCUAGCCAUUAGUAAUGCUGUCAAUUCUUAUGUGACAUUUUUUUGUUUGUUUUUUUAGAUAAUUUGUUUGGGCUAGCGAAAUGUCAAUAAAUGAAAAUAAAACUUGACAGCUAGCGUAGGGAGUACAAAGCAAAGUAUGGAUUUGUCCUGUCUGCAUUUGUAAAUGGCAAGCCAACUUGCAUCAUCUGCAAUGAGGUUGCAGCUGGGACAUGGGCUGCGCGAACCGGAGGGGCGCUGCAACUGCUGGAGGUCCGAGAGGCUUUAUGGAUAUUAUCCCUCCACGCCAGACAUUUGAAGUUCCUGCUGUUCGUUUGUCACAGUCCCCUUCGCCAUUCACCCAAACCAAGAGGAAGUGCUUGGUCAUGUUUUGCAGAAUGUGCCAGAACUAUUAAUGUCUAUAAAUGCUGAAAUAUGAUACUAAUUCCAAUGAAGCCCUGCUGGGUCAUAAUCACACAAAUGGAGGCUAUUAUUGCAUGGACAUUCAGUCAUUAAACAGCACACAUCAGCUUGGCAUUGUUUAUGGUGGUUAACCAAAAACUCCAAAGAAAUAUGCUUUCUACACAUGCUGUCAAAGAACUUCCAACAAAUUGCAAUUACUGUAGUCAUUUCUAGAAAGAUGCUAAUCUGAAUCCUUCUUCUUCUUUUGGCUUGUCCUGUUAGGGGUCACCACAGCGUGUCAUCUUUUUCCAUUUAAGCCUAUCUCAUGCAUCCUCUCUAACGCCCACUGUCCUCAGGUCCUCCCUCACAACAAACAACCUUUUCUUUGGUCUUCCUCUCUCUCUUUUGCCUGGCAGCUCCAUCCUCAGCACCCUUCUACCAACAUACUCUCUCACCUCUGAACAUGUCCAAACCAUCAAAGUCUGCUCUCUCUAACCUUGUCUCCAAAACAUCCAACUUUGGCUGUCCCUCAAAUGAGCUCAUUUCUAAUCCUAUCCAACAUGUUCAAACCAAGCGAGAACCUCAGCAUCUUUAUUUCUGCUACCUCCAGUUUCACUUCGUUGUUUCUUCAGAGCCACUGUCUCUAAUCUGUACAUCAUGGCCGGCCUCAUCACUGUUUUAUAAACUUUGCCCUUCAUCCUGGCGAAUACUCCUCUUUCAGAGAGAACACCAGACACCUUCCGCCAACUGUUCCACGCCGCUUGGACCCCUUUCUUCAUUUCCUUACCACACUUUCCAUUGCUCUGUAUUGUUGACCCCAAGUAUUUGAAGUCAUUCACCUUCGUUAUCUCUUCUCCUUGGAGCGUCACUCUUCCUCCUCUGCCCCUCUCAUUCAUGAACAUAUAACUGUCAUGACACCCUUCAGCCAGUCACAAAGUUGUGUUUGGUGGGUGUGCAAUGGUAACAUCCCAUCCACAGAAACUGGUUAGAAAUCAAGGUCACUGAAAAACACAUCCAGGCAAAGUUUUCAAAUUCCCCAAGCACACAUUUUGAAAAUGUGAGUUGACUUUAAAUGAGGAAUGAGAAAUAAAUGGCCUAAUGCUGAAACUGAAGCGCAACUAUUGUUCUACAUAGUGGACAGGUGAAACUAGUACAAGCAUUUGAUGAAGAGCUAUUUUCUGCUAGAAAAAUCACAAAAGUCAGCAGAUUUGUAAAAUGUUUAAUUCCUGUUUUUUUUUUUUUUAAAUAAACAUUUAGUUUAGCAGCAUAGCAGGAUCAUCUUGAGGUAUUUUAAGUUCAUAUCCAUUCAUUCAAAAUGUGUGACCCUUUCACCGUCUUUCAUUCAGAUGAUAGCUCGUACACACUCAGGCUCA